AAUGGAAUAUCAAUCUGUUCCUUAAAGUGAAUAAUACCGAUAUGAAAAAGCUUAAGUUGAUUCAUCAUUGCUUGGAGAUGCCUAAAAGAAUUUUGCUAAAAAAGUCUUCUCUAUUGUAGGCUUUUAACUUAUGGCUACAUCAUUAGUAGCAUAUGGGGCAAUGAGUUUUAAGUUUAUCGAGACAUUAUGUGAAAUUCUUUAUAUACCUGCUGUUAUUGCUACUAUUGUAACAGGAAUAUGGUUAUACUUAAGCAAAUGUAAAUUUAAAUUUUUAUGAAUUUCUAUCAAGCUUCAGCAAGAAAAUUUCCAUUAAAUUAUAUUUUACUUAGCGUCUUCACUUUAAGUGAAGCAAUUGCUUUAGCCAUUACAUGCGCUUAAAUCAGUGAUCCAGAACUAAUCUUCUAAGCAUUCUUAAUUACAACAGGUAUUGUUGUUGCUUUAGCCACGUAUGCUAUGACAACUAAAAAUGAUCUCUCAUAUCAUGGAGCAGCUAGUAAAUAUAUAUUCAAUAACAAAUUAUAGUUUUUCUAUUUUCAUUUGGUUGCUGUAUAGCUGGAAUCACAUAUUUCAUCUUCAGAAGCUCUUUUGCAUAUUAAAUUUAUUUGAUUGGAGGUGCAAUAAUGUUAGGAUUUUAUUUGGUAUAAAUUAAUAAUUAAUAUAGGUAUAUGACAUCUAAUUAAUCAUUGGAGACAAACAACUAAGAUUAACUGUAGAUGAUUACAUUUUGGGAUCAAUUAUGAUAUACACAGAUAUAAUCAAAAUUUUUAUUAGAGUUCUAAAAAUCUUAAUGAAAGAGAAGAAAGAAAAAUGAG